UACUUGACAAUUGUAAAAUUUUCAUUUUGUAUAUCCCAUAAUUGACAAAAAUUUGCGCAUAUAGAUAAUAUAUUAAUGUGGAUUGCUAAUUGAAUUAAUCAUUAAAGAAAUAGAAUUAAUAAUAAAAUAAAACACGGGUUCAUGCUAAUUAGGUUAUAUGAAGUAGAUAACAUGAAACGAUAAGAGUUGGAAAGCUACAUAUGAUUUCGAGCUGUUUACUUCAAUAUUAUUAUUAUAGGGAUUGAUAUAAACAAAUCCAUAAAUAAGGGCGAAAUGCUUUGGCAUACUACAAAAAGCAAUGGCCAAAGUGCCUCAUUGUGGAAGCCGCUUUUUAUGCUGCUAACCAUAUUCGCCACACCUCUCACAUACGCCGCAAAUGCUGAGGCUGCGCGUGUACUUGAAUUAAGCGAUCGUUUCCUGGAAGUAUACAAUCAAGGACAAUGGCUGGUUAUGUUUUAUGCACCAUGGUGUGGUUACUGCAAGCGUACUGAGCCCAUAUUUGGGCAGGUCGCACAAGAGUUGCAUGGCCUUAAUAUACGUGUAGGAAAAGUAGAUUGUACACGAUUUACAAAUGUUGCGCGUGAGAUGCAGAUACGUGCCUACCCAACCAUUAUGUUCCUCAAGGGAAAUGCCAAAUAUGUGUAUAACGGUGAUCGGACCAAAGAAGAUUUAGUAGAUUAUGCAUUGCGUAUGAGUGGGCCGCCCGUGCAAAUGGUGACACGCCCCGAAAGUAUUGAUAUGCUUAAAGGUUCGCAUACAAUUUUCUUCAUGUAUGUUGGUGAUCAGCAGGGUGUUAUGUGGGAGUCAUAUUAUGCAGCAGCAGAGAAUUAUCAACAAUACGGAUUCUUUUAUGCAACCACACCUGAUAUAGCAUCCCAGCAUUUCGAGUUUGAACAUUUGCCUGCUGUGUUGGUUUACAAAGAAGAACUACAUCAUUUAUACCCAUACGCACACGUAGCCCACGAAAUGGACGUAUCAGCAAUUAACGAUACUAUACAUCAUUGGGUGAAUGUUGAACGGUUUACAACAUUUCCGAAAAUAACUCGUUUUAAUAUUAAACAAAUAUUGCUUACGAAAAAAUUUUUAGUUGUUGCCGUUGUAGAGGAAGACAAAUUGAAUCAAGUUGCUACACAUGAAUUAGAGUUUCGCGAUAUGGUUGAAGGCGUUAUACGUAAACAUCGCGAUAGAUAUCAUGACACAUUUCAAUUUGCAUGGAUGGGCGAUCCUAGCUUGGCACACUCUUUCAUAUUGGAUACUUUGCCAACACCGCAUCUGAUCGUAAUUAAUUCUACAACUGAACAACACUAUAUACCAGAUGAUGAGCCUCUUAAGAUGACGCCACAAGCAAUACAUGUCUUCCUCGAAUCCAUUCAUAAUGAAAGUGCUACGCCACUUGGCGGUGAUACCUAUUUUGUGCGCAUAAGGCGUGUAUUCUUCGAGGCCAAGAAAGGUUUGCUCGAUAUGUGGAAGGGUAACCCUGUACUUACAACAGUCAUCUUUGGCUUGCCGUGUGGCUUUUUAUCGCUCAUUUUAUAUUCCAUAUUCUGCGGCGAUUGCUUUGUGGCAAACGACGAAGAUGAUGACCACGAGAAAACGGAGUGAAUUUCAUUUAGAAUGCAUUAUGCUCUUAAAAAACAUUGUUUACUAGCUUUACAUUAUUUCUAGUCUAAUUGUGUCUGUUUAUAGUAUAAUUUAUGUCUGCCAUAUACUUUUAUUUAAUGGUCACUCAUAUUGACUCCAAACAUCAAUAUGCCAAAUAGUGGGUGUAGUCUAUAGUAAAGUGUGCCAGUAUUACUGACUCAAUUACAUUCCAAUAUUUGUUUGGAUGCAAUAUUUAAAAAUGUUGUUUUAUCCAUAGAAAACACGUAUUGAUGUACUCAAGAGUUUGGCUUAAAUACAAAAUUUCUUAGUAGUAAAAGAA